CAGAUGCAUUUUGUAGGAGUAUUCUGAGGAUGAAUGUUUGCAAAUCAUUCUGAAAUUGCCAAGUGCCACAUACAUGGGAUGCACCCUGCUUUUACCCGAGAGUUCAGCUCUGUGGCUUGGAUUUAUCGCAGUCGUGUCUGUCUUUGAUCUCCGUGUUAACUAGAAGUCAAGGGAAGACAUGAGGAGGUUUGUUUACUGCAAGGUGGUUCUAGCCACUUCACUGAUGUGGGUUCUCGUUGAUGUCUUCUUACUCUUGUACUUCAGUGAAUGUAACAAAUGUGAUGACAAGAAGGAGCGGUCCCUGCUACCUGCGCUCAGGGCUGUUAUUUCAAGAAACCAAGAAGGGCCAGGAGAAAUGGGAAAGGCUGUGCUGAUUCCUAAAGAUGACCAGGAGAAAAUGAAAGAAUUGUUUAAAAUCAAUCAGUUUAACCUUAUGGCCAGUGAUUUGAUUGCCCUUAACAGAAGUCUGCCGGAUGUAAGAUUAGAAGGAUGCAAGACAAAGGUCUACCCUGAUGAACUUCCAAACACAAGUGUAGUCAUUGUGUUUCAUAAUGAAGCUUGGAGCACUCUCCUCAGAACUGUUUACAGUGUUAUAAAUCGGUCCCCACACUAUCUGCUCUCUGAGGUCAUCUUGGUAGAUGAUGCUAGUGAAAGAGAUUUUCUCAAGUUAACAUUAGAGAAUUAUGUGAAAAAUUUAGAAGUGCCAGUAAAAAUUAUUAGAAUGGAAGAGCGCUCUGGCUUAAUACGUGCCCGCCUUCGAGGAGCAGCUGCUUCAAAAGGACAAGUCAUAACUUUCCUGGAUGCACACUGUGAAUGCACAUUAGGAUGGCUAGAGCCCUUGCUGGCAAGAAUAAAGGAGGACAGGAAGACAGUUGUAUGCCCCAUCAUUGAUGUGAUUAGUGAUGACACCUUUGAAUACAUGGCUGGAUCAGACAUGACUUAUGGGGGUUUUAACUGGAAACUGAAUUUCCGUUGGUAUCCUGUUCCCCAAAGAGAAAUGGAUAGAAGGAAAGGAGACAGAACAUUACCUGUCAGGACCCCAACUAUGGCUGGUGGCCUAUUUUCUAUUGACAGAAACUACUUUGAAGAGAUAGGAACUUACGAUGCAGGAAUGGAUAUCUGGGGUGGAGAGAAUCUUGAAAUGUCUUUUAGGAUUUGGCAGUGUGGAGGCUCGCUGGAGAUUGUGACUUGUUCCCAUGUUGGCCACGUUUUUCGGAAGGCAACUCCCUACACAUUCCCUGGUGGCACUGGGCAUGUCAUCAACAAGAACAACAGGAGACUGGCAGAAGUCUGGAUGGAUGAAUUUAAAGAUUUCUUCUAUAUCAUAUCCCCAGGUGUUGUCAAAGUGGAUUACGGAGACGUGUCAGUCAGAAAAACACUAAGAGAAAAUCUGAAGUGUAAGCCCUUUUCUUGGUACCUUGAAAACAUCUAUCCGGACUCCCAGAUCCCAAGACGUUAUUACUCACUUGGAGAGAUAAGAAAUGUUGAAACAAAUCAAUGUUUAGACAACAUGGGCCGCAAGGAAAAUGAAAAAGUGGGUAUUUUCAACUGUCAUGGUAUGGGAGGAAAUCAGGUAUUUUCUUAUACUGCUGACAAAGAAAUCCGAACCGAUGACUUGUGCUUAGAUGUUUCUAGACUCAAUGGACCUGUAAUCAUGUUAAAAUGCCACCAUAUGAGAGGAAAUCAGUUAUGGGAGUAUGAUGCUGAGAGACUCACCUUGAGACAUGUUAACAGUAAUCAAUGUCUAGAUGAACCUUCUGAAGAAGACAAAAUGGUGCCUACCAUGCAGGACUGUAGUGGAACCAGAUCUCAACAAUGGCUGCUAAGGAACAUGACUCUGGGGGCCUGAAGACCAUUUCCCCUAAGCCAUGAAAGUGUCUACACUUAUGUUUUUCCAUUAUUUCAAUUAGGGAAAAAUAUUAACUUUGUUGAAUUGAAAGUUUUAAAAAUCCUUUUAGUAUUCUAAAACAGUUGUUUAUAAUUCAUUUUUAGGAAUGUUUGCUUACUUCCCUACUAAAAUUUGUAUCUGAUUAAAAAGCACAUAAAAAGAAUAAAUAACAGCAAACUGUUAUUAAACAUCAGAACAAUGUGAAAAACAAAUUGUGUUUGCUUUAAAAAAAAAAAUUGCCAUGAUGUCACAGAAUUAGUUUGGGGGUGGGGUUACUUUUCUUUUUUUCUUGUCAUAAUGUGGCGAGAGACAAUGUAAAUGCCUUACAAGGUAAAUUCAUUAUGAAAUUUUAUAAACUCUGUUUCCACUGGACCUUCACGAAAACAUGUUGUAUUUCUGUCAACAUCAAGUACAUACAUUGAAUUAUUUCUGAGCAAUGAAAAUUCACUGUACAAAAAUCAGUUCUAAAUUUUGUACCAGGAAAAAAAUUAGAUAUUGACAUCUCAUAAGGUCUUAUUAAACAUCACAAUUUAAACAAAAAAGAGAAGGAGAAUAUGAAAAUUCAAUUUAAAGUACAUGAAAUCAGAAGAAACCAGCUAGGGAGCAAAAUGAAAUUAAAAGGCAACAACUGAAACAUUUCAAAAGAUAUUCUGUUAGGUUGCAAUCACUUCUAAGGCAGGCUAAGUGUAACAAUCAGCUUGGUCCCAGAACUGAUGUGGGAAACUCAAUCUUUAACCACUCUGUCUCAUAAACUGUACAGUUCUUUUUCUCUUCAGACACUGUGACUUGUCUCCUAGGCUACAGAGAAUCGUAGGGUAAAGGGUAAAAUAUUAGCCUUAAUAUUUAAUUCUUAGGACCAACUAAGACCAACUUAUUUUAUAUUAAAAAAAUAAUGCAUUAAUAUCAGAAUUUCAUUGCUCUGCCAGAAUAUCUAAAGUUUUAAUCACUGGGAGAAUGAAUUCAAUAUAUACCAAUUAAACUUUUAAUUGAAAUGCCAUGAAUUAUGUCUCAAGGAACACAAUCAUAAUUAACCUCCUUUCACGUUAUUUUUCCAUGUUAAAAUACUUUGUGUUCAAAAUACAUAAGAUAAGAAAAAGUAGAAAAAUCUGUGACACCAUUUGACACCAUUUAAAAUGCCCAUAAAGAAAAAAAAAUAAAAUGCCCAUAAAGUUGCUCUA